AUGGCUGAAUCCAGCGGCAGCCCAGGACAGGCAUCGGACUGCUUCACUUACAACCAAGAGUUGAUGGCCCUCCUGCAGGAGAUUCUGGACGAUCCCAGAAUGUGCUUGGAUGAUGACAGGAUGGCAGUUGGGAAGAGACUGCUGGCUGUGCAUGCAUUGCCAUUUAAUGUCAGGCACUUCUACACACCAACAGAGGUGUUUAGUGCAAUUGGCUAUAUUGGUGGUGUAAGACAAAGGUCAGACAAAACGAAGACUGCAUUCGAGUCAGACAGUCAGCUGUUCACCCAACUGAAACACACCUUUGAGUGUGUGGUCAAGGGCAUCCACACACAAUUUCUAGGAAGGACUCAAAUCGGGCAGCAGCUCAAAAAUGAAAUGGAGACCUGGAGGAUCAUAGAUAGUGAUGAGGUGAUGUUGUUGCAUAGUUGGCCUGUGGAUGGUUUUCCAGAAUUGUACUCACCAAGAGCUACUGUUGUGUUGCAAGAAGCCAGAUGGAAUAAUAGAAAGGUAGCAGUAGUUCACUGGCAGGAGUUGGGUAGGAUUCCGGAGCAGGAGCAGUCUGUGCGAUCAUCGGCAGCUUUCCUUCGGUCUGCUGCAGUACAAGCAUCGCUGGCAAAUCCAAACGUGGUGCAGUUGCAUGGAAUCACCAAGUCAUGUCAGUUGAUCAUGGAAAUGGGUGACAGCAACUUGAAGCGAAUUUGCCGAGGGAGGUGUCUGCCAUGGAAACUUAGGUUGUCCCUCCUCCAGCAGGCUUCUGAAGGAUUGACAUACCUUCACACACUGGAGCAACCCAUCGCGCAUUGUAGAGUCAGGACGCGUAAUUUCAUCAUAUUUUUUGGUGAAGCUGACAGCUGCACUGUUAAGCUAGCAGCAUACUAUCCCCCAGAUCUGUGGCGCCAUGAUGUGUGGAGUCUUGAGUGUAUGAGGGGAGAUGUAUGUGGUUUUGGAAUUGUGGCAUUUGAGAUUGUCACUGGCAGAUGCCCGUACAGCCCUCUGGAUCCCUUGCUUGACCCAAGCCAACCUGUGGGCUGCCCACCUGAGCUUCAUAAGCUCAUCAGGCGUUGCUGUGACCCUGUUUCUUCACAUAGGCCAACGAUGCAAGAGGUCAACCAGUGUCUUCAGGGGCUGCAGGAGGACUGGGACCAGAGCAAUGAACAGAGGUUUGUCUACAACAAUAAGACAAUGGAUCAUUUUGAAAGGGAGCUGGACAAGUUUGAGCAGGUGGCAUCGUCAGAUUUAGAAGCUGAAGAUGUAAUGUGCGAGGUGGAGGUCGGAGUGCUUAACAUGGGUCGCCCGACUGCGCCAGACGGAUACGGCAGUUUUCUGAUGGACAGGGCAAUGCAGCUCAGAGGAGGCAAAAUGCCACCUCUCAGGGUGUGGAGGAGAUUGCUGGCUGUUCAUUCUUUGCCCUUUCAAGUGAAGAAUUUCUACACACCUGCACAGCUGUUGGAUGAAAUACGAGCCACUUGGUACUAUCAUCGCGAAUGGAGUUUUGACCUACCUGCAUUGUCUCAAGCGUGUGCUUCUGACAACUCACUGUACUGCAUUCUUCAGGCCACAUUUGCAGAUGUACUGGGUGCUGCAGAAGGUGGCACACAGUCUGAAAAGAAGGAUCAUGUUCGGCAGCAGCUUGAAUGCGAAAUGCAGGGCUGGAGAAUAAUUGACACUGAUGAAGUGGCACUGGGUUCUAUAUUCUAUGAAUGUGCUGAGAGUGUGGUGAACAAGGGUUGGUGGGAUGAUGAACCUGUGGCAGUCAAAAGUGUGCUUGGGGCGCCAGUGGUGAGCCCAGGCAAUGCAAGGCAAAACGAAGUCUUGGCUUGCUUUAUCAGAGAGGCUGCAAUUCAUGAAUCAUUAUCUCAUCCACACGUGGUGCAGCUGCAUGGAAUCACUGCAUCCUGUCAAUUGGUUAUGGAGCUGGCUGACAACAACUUGAAACAGAUUUGUCAAGGGAAUUCAUUGCCAUGGCGGGUAAAGCUUCGCCUCCUCCAGCAAGCAUCCUCAGGCUUGACAUAUUUACUUGCCAAAAAAGAGCCUGUUAUCCAUGGCAGCAUCAGCAUUGUUAGCUUUCUCAUCUUUGGAUGUGAGCUGGACCGGUGUAUUGUGAAGCUGGCAGAGUUUGGACACUCAACUACUGGUCAUCGUGCUGAAGUGCGAGGCCUGCUCGGGUCAACAAUAGGACAGACUGCAGAAGCAGACAUGUGGAGGGCUCCUGAGCAAGAAGUGACAGUCAAAUCUGACGUUUACUGCUUUGGGCUUGUGGCAUUCGAGGUCGUGACUGGCCAAUGCCCCUUCAUGGUUUGCCAAUACUCACAGAACAUGAGUGCUCUCUGGAAUAACCCUUCCUGGGUCCGGCCAGUGGAUUGUCCUCCAGAACUCCUCACAGUCAUGCAGCGCUGCUGCAACGCUGAUCCGUUGAAGAGGCCAACAAUGGAGGAGGUGAACCAGUGCCUGUGGGGGCUGCCAGAGGCCUGGAGCAUUGAGAUGAAUAUUGAGGCCAUUGCAGAACGCAUAUCUGAAAACCUGAGGCAGACAAAGGAGUGUGCAGCCUUUCAGUUGAAAUACAAUCACAAGUUGAUGGGAUUCCUUUUGCAGCAAAUGGAGAAAGCUGAGAACAUCGUGAGGUGCAUGCCAGGUAAGCCGCCAGAACCGCAAGAUGCCCAACAGUGGUGGGCCUCAUGGAUCGACUUGAAGGAUGCUGUGGAACUGGGUUGCACUUUGAUUAGGCGCCAUUCAAAAAAGUUCGAUCUACAGAAAUUCUACAGUGCCCAGGAAGCUGAGGAAGGCGUGAAGGUGGCCUGUGCCAAGAUGAGCAGAAUUGCGAAGAGGUGGAACAUAGCCAUACAAAUUGAAACUGUCGUGCCUGAGGCUGUUGUCAAUGAGGACGAGGAGUUCUUGCAAACUUGCCUUGCAUACCUCUUUGCAGAUGAGGUUGGUUUCCUCGACUGGUUCAAAAGGUGGUUCAGCAGUAGAGGGUUAAGCUUGUUGUAUUGUUGGCCGCGAGUGAAAGAUUGCCUUGCCCACAAGAUGUCAGAGCUGGCAAUAACGAAAGACGGAAAACUGCACUUUAUUGACAUGAUUGGAAGCAGUCGGCAUGUCGUGUAUAGUGCUGAAUGGCAGGACAGAAAAGUGGCAGUGAAGAGGCUGCUGCCUCCGAAUGCUGAGCUAGACCCUCAACAUUUUGUUCAGUUCUUUUCCGAGGCUUUCAUCCAGGCAUCUUUGAAGCACCCCCACAUUGUAGACCUGCUGGCGGUGAGCAAGUCGGGCGUGAUGGUGAUGGAAUUGGCGGAAUGCGACCUGGAGACGCUUUACAGGGAGCAGGAACUGAGUUGGAACACGAAGACCAGGUUCUUGCUGCAAGUAGCCGAAGGGCUGGAGCAUAUGCAUGGCAGGGAUCCUCCCGUGGUGCACUGUGACGUGAAGAGCUCCAAUCUGCUUUUCUUUGGAGACAGGAAUCUACCACAAGAGGGCAAUCUCAAAUUGUCCGAUUUCGGGAUUUCUGUUGAGGAUAAGUCUACGGGGCCCCUGACGGUGAGGUGCCCAGGGGGCACACCACACUGGAUGGCCCCAGAGCUGUACGGGAACGAGCACCCUUCCAUGGCCGCCGACGUUUUCAGCUUCGGGGUGGUCGUGCAUGAACUUGCAUCACAAUCAUUCCCGUACGGCGGCAAAGGGACGCCAUACAAUUGUGUGCAUCUGAUGAAGAGCGAGGGUCAGCCUCCCUGUGUCCUCCCCAGCGACUGCCCAGUUGAGAUCAGACAGCUGGCUGCGAGAUGCUGCUCGAUAGUUCCUCGCCAUCGGCCCACCAUGACAGAAGUAAAGAAGGUCUUGAGUGCGGCAGCACUGGGCCGAGCUUGA